UUAUAUUCAAUCUUGUGUUAUUGAUAUGGGCAACUAUAUUUCUUGUACCUUAUUAGGACCAGGAGGCAACAAACAAUCAAGAGGUGUAAAAGUCAUAUUCCCAAGUGGUGAAAUCAGACAUUUUUAUCAACCAAUAAAAGCAGCAGAGGUCAUGUUAGAGACACCUAAUUUCUUUCUUGUAAACACAAGGUCACUUAAAAUUGGAAGGAGAUUUUCUGCUCUGAAUGCUGAUGAAGAUCUUGAUAUGGGCAAUGUCUAUGCUAUGUUUCCUAUGAAAAGAGUAAAUUCAUUUGUCUCAGCAGCUGAUAUGGGAGCUUUGCUACUUACUGCUAACUCUGUGUCCAAAAGGGUGUCAAUUGGAAGUUUCAGAAUCUUGCCUGAAUCAUGUGUAGAGUAUUCUGCUUUGGAAAUAGUACAGCCUCAGGCUAAUUAUGAGCAACAAGUUUUGCCAAAGUUGAAUUUGGAUGAUAUUGAAGAGUUUUCAACUCCAGAGUUUAAGCACAGGUUGUCUAUGUGUAGGUCAAAGAAACCAUUGUUGGAAACUAUUGCUGAAGAGCCAGUUUGUUCAAGAUGAGGAUUAUUUUGAACUACGAAAUUUCAUUCGACUUAAUUCUCUUUGAAUUUUAGUAAGGAGAAAAUAUUCUUUUUUAUAGAUUAGGGUAGGAUUUGUUUGUGAUUCACAUUCACUAUAUUCUCUGAUGAAAACAAAAAGAUGUAUAUUUGAUCUUUUUUGAGUGAGGCUUAAAUUUAAUCGAAGGAUCAAGAGCUGAACUUUUGUAUUUGA